AUGGCUUCGUUCCGGACGUGGCACUGCUUGCUCGCCAGCUGCAGCUUGUUCCUCCUGCUCGCUUCGGCGGCGCACGGGCAGCUCUCGCCGUCCUUCUACGCGACGACCUGCCCGACGCUGGGGCUCAUCGUGCGGGCCACCAUGCUCAAGGCCCUCCUCGCCGAGCGUCGGAUGGGCGCGUCCCUCGUCAGGCUCUUCUUCCACGACUGCUUUGUCCAACGUACAAGAAGAAGGUGCUCCUUGGACCUCUGCCCUAAGAAAAGCCGUAGCAUCUACAGGCACCUCAUCAGGCCUCAGCAAGCACUAGGAACCAGCUCGUGGAUUAGACUCAUGAGUAUCAGGGCCCCAUCCCAGCAGCCCCAUCAAUCCACCAUGAGAGCAGCCCCAUCCCAGCAGCCCACUCAAUCCACCAGGAGAGCAGCCUCAUCCCACCCACCUUCUCAUUGUCAGUCCAGCCAUGUUCAUGCCCAGCAGCCGCAACCUCGUCUUGGCAUCGAUACAAGGAAUGGUGAUACUAAUCGUUUCUCACAUGACGAAUAUAUUGGCAGAGAAGUUAUACUUUACCCAAACAUGAAGUCUGUUCAACCUGUGGCCAAGGGAAAAGUUAUUGCAACUGAUCCUAGCUGCGUGCUAGCAGGACAGGCUCUUGGAAUGCAAUUUUGUCAAGUUAUGGUUACGGUUGUGAUGAAAAGAGAUGCUGUGUUGCCUCGCCCUUAUGUUGGUGUUGAAAAUAUGGCCGAUGCAAAGGACCUAGGAAUUGCAUGGCCAUACAAUUGGUCUGGUGAGGCUGCUGGGGUACUGCAGGGAGGACAAGGAGGUCCUGCUGGUGGAGUACAUGGCCAAGGGCAGCCUGGAGAACCGUCUCUUCAGAAGUGA